GUCGCGGUGACGUCACGGAGUUGCCAUGGCGUCGCUGAGCUGCCUGGCGUCGGCGCUGGAGUCUUACAGGGGCCGGGACCGCCUGAUCCGAGUGCUGGGGUACUGCUGCCAGCUGGUUGGUGGGGUCCUGGUUGAACAAUGUCCUACCAGGUCCGAAGUGGGGACACGUCUGUUGGUGGUGUCCACCCAACUCAGCCACUGCAGGACCAUCUUGCGACUCUUUGAUGACCUGUCCAUGUUUGUCUACACUAAGCAAUACGGCCUGGGGGCACAGGAGGAGGACACCUUUGUCCGCUGGGUGUCCGUCCUAGGGAACCUGGCCGACCAGCUCUACUACCCAUGUGAGCACGUCGCCUGGGCGGCUGAUGCCCGGGUCCUCCACGUGGACUCUUCCCGGUGGUGGACCCUGAGUACAGCCUUGUGGGCCCUCUCUCUGCUCCUGGGGGUUGCCAGUAUCCAAUGGAAUUGUUGCAUGGCCAUCAAAGUCCUCUGUGCCCUGCCUGCUGCGGCAUUAUUGUUUCAGGUCCCUGUGGAUGCUGCUGAAACUGAGACAGAGGCUGCGGAGCCCCACGGCGCCCUUCACCAGCCCGCUGCCCCGGGGCAAGCGGAGGGCCAUGGAGGCGCAGAUGCAGUCGGAAGCACUGUCACUUCUCAGCAACCUGGCUGACCUGGCCAACGCCGUGCACUGGCUGCCCCGGGGCGUGCUGUGGGCCGGCCGCUUCCCGCCAUGGCUGGUGGGCCUCAUGGGCACCAUCUCCUCGAUCCUCAGCAUGUACCAGGCGGCCCGGGCCGGCGGCCAGGCCUAGGCCACUACACCCUGACACUGCCAGAAGAGCACAGGGACGCAGCCGGAGCCCAUGGAGGGCCCUUCCUGCAAAGCAGAAGCCACUAGGGCAGGGGCUGGGGCUCUCAUGGAGCUGCCUUUGGCAAAACCCAUAGGUUUUUGGGUUUUGGGUUUUUUUGGGUGGAGGGACUGAUGGGAGGUCUCCCAGGCCUCAGCCCUGAGCUCCUGAGCCGGAGUUUUCAGGGGCUGCGAGGGCUUCAGCAGCACCUCCUGCCUGCCAGCUGGAGUCUUGUAUCCAAAUCAGGAUGAGGAGGAGGGAGCCUGUCGUGCCUUGGGAAAGCUGGAACGGGAAUCUCAAUUAAACAUUGUGGUGCUGG